AUGCCAGCAGGAGGCAGCUGGGUGGCAGCGGGUCGGGCAUCCCGAGGGCUGGUGCUGGUGGUGGUGUUUGUAGCCCUGCUGCUGGACAACAUGCUGCUGACAGUCGUGGUGCCCAUCAUCCCCUCCUUCCUUUACACAACAGAAUACGAAGGUGCCAACAGCUCUGUUGCCCCAUCCUGGACUGAGACAACUCCUCCAGCUCCUCUUCCUUCCUCCUAUUUUGACACCACCACGGGGAAUGUCCCAGGCACCACCCAGGGCUUGGGGAAGAGGACAGAGAGCAGCCCCCCCCCACAAAACCCCCCUGGCAUCCCCCCAGCUCCCAGCUCCUGCCUGCAGGGUGAGGAAUUCCUUGCCAAUGAAAACGUCCGUGUGGGGCUGCUCUUUGCCUCCAAGGCUCUCGUGCAGCUGGGGGUCAACCCAGCCGUGGGGUUCCUGACCAACAGGAUAGGCUACCACAUCCCCAUGUUCCUCGGAUUCUCCAUCAUGUUCCUCUCCACACUCAUGUUUGCUUUCUCAGGCACCUACACCUUGCUGUUCAUCGCCCGAGCCCUCCAAGGCAUUGGCUCCUCCUUCUCAUCAGUCGCAGGCCUGGGGAUGCUGGCCAGCGUCUACACCGACGACUUCGAGAGGGGCAACGCCAUGGGGAUUGCUCUGGGAGGUUUGGCCCUGGGUGUGCUGAUCGGGGCCCCCUUUGGGAGUGUGAUGUACGAGUUCGUGGGGAAAGCUGCUCCUUUCCUGGUCCUGGCAUUCCUUGCUCUGCUGGAUGGAGCUUUGCAGCUCUGCAUCCUGCAGCCCUCCAGGAUCUCCCCAGAGAGCACCCAAGGGACACCCAUGUCCACCCUCCUGCGAGACCCCUACAUCCUGGUGGCUGCAGGUGCUCUCUGCUUCUCCAACAUGGGGGUGGCCAUGCUGGAGCCCACUUUGCCCAUCUGGAUGAUGCGAACCAUGUGCUCCCCAAACUGGCAGCUGGGGGUGGCAUUCCUGCCUGCCAGUGUAUCCUACCUGGUUGGCACCAACCUCUUUGGGAUCCUGGCUCACAAGAUGGGACGGUGGCUCUGCUCCCUGGUUGGCAUGGCCAUGGUGGGCAUCAGCCUGCUCUGUGUGCCUCUGGCCAGAAAUAUUUACGGGUUGAUCGGGCCAAACGGGGGGCUUGGCUUUGCCAUAGGCAUGGUGGACUCCUCAAUGAUGCCCAUCAUGGGGCACCUCGUGGACCUUCGCCACAGCUCCGUCUACGGCAACGUCUACGCCAUCGCUGAUGUUGCCUUCUGCAUGGGCUUUGCCAUUGGCCCAUCCACAGGUGGCCUGAUUGUACGAGCCAUUGGCUUUCCCUGGCUCGUGGUCAUCAUUGGGGUUCUCAACAUUGCUUAUGCUCCACUCUGCUGGUUCCUGCGCAGCCCUCCUGCUGCAGGGGAGAAGAUGGCAAUCCUGAACCAGGACUGCCCCCUGCAAACCCAAACCUCCCUCACUCAGCCCCCCAAGAAAACCCCACACCUAUUCCCCCUCUCGGAUGAGAGUGAUGUGGAGGCAGAAAACAUGGAAUAACAACUACCAGGACACUGGCC